CACAGUUCACGCGUGGGAGAAGUGACCUAUAAAGUGAGGCAUAGCAAGUAUUCAGUGAUUCUUCAGUGAAGCGCUGGAUAUCAGUCAGCGUCUGAACAAAUUUGUUUACGAAUGGUGAACUACUCAGUAGAGUUUCUAUUAAAUAGUCAUUGUUUUGGUUGUCAGAGAAAAUAUAAGGGUCCAGUUUCAGUUUCCUCUAAAGAGAUCAUGCGCGACACAGAGGAGAGCUCUUGUCUGGUUGACUCCAGUGUGCACUGCUCCAGGCAGCAGGCUCCAGGGCCUCUGUGGUGCUCCGAUGCCCCUCACCCACUAACGAAGAUCCCGGGUGGGCGAGGGACCGGAAGGGAUCUCUCUCUCAGUGUGCCACUGCACAAGGAUGACAGGUUGACCGUGACUCAGGCAGGGCCAGCGAGCGGAACGCCCCCUAUCCUGCACUUCCAAUACCAGCUGAGUGAGCGUCGUUUCUCCUGCUGGGAGACUGUGCUGGCGGCUGACUGCCUCUACCUGGAGAUCCCCAGCGGAGCUCUGCCAGAUGGCAGCAAAGAAGGGCUUACAAGUCUGCUGGAGUUCGCUGAGGAGAGACUGAAAGUCAGCUACGUGUUUGUGUGGUUCUACAAGACCAGGGAGGAUCGAUUGUCCAUCACAAAGACCUUUCACUACAUGGGUUUUGAGAUGGUGAAACCUGGCCACCCUCUGGUGCCGGCCCGACCUGAUCUCUUCUUCAUGGUCUACUCCAUGGACGACAGCAGUUCUGAUGAGGAAUGACUUCCAGUUGCUGUCUGGCUCUUUAAAGCACCCACCCUCUCUCUCCCCACUAUGCCUUCCAGCUCUUCUCAUCCUCCUCUACUACUUAGCACUGUGUUCCCACCCCACCCCUCCUGUACCUCCUCACCAAAAACUGACUUAAGUGGGGUAUGGAGAAGUAGGAAUGAAGAUAGAGGAGGAAUGAGAACUGACUGAGUCCCUGAUUGGUUCAGUCUUCUUUAUCAUCUCACUGAUUGGUUCCUAUUCCUGUCUGUUUUUGUUUUUCAGCUGGGGGUUGGUUGGUGCUAAAAGAGACAUGCAACAUGUCCUCUGUUAGUUUGCACCGAAUACCAAAAGGUCUGUACUCUUUUUAUAUAUAUAUACUCUGCUUUAUAUGGGACAUUGUUAAUGGGGAAUUGUAUAAGGGAAGGACAAUGCAAGCCAUUCCCCAGUAUGGUGUUUGCUUCAGGGUGGUAGUACAACACAGGAAUGAUUUCUUUCUGUUUUGUUUUUUUUUUGUUGUUUUUUUUUUUUUUUUUUGUAGUGUUUAGCAGUCCUUAUCUCCUCAUGUUGUUGUCCACCAUUCCUUAUUGUGCACUGCAGGGCUCUUUCACAUCUCUGCUGUCAUUGGAAAAAGGAAGCAUGAGGUCACUAGUUAUAUUUGUGCCAGUUCAUGACAGUGUUCUGGGUCCAUAUUGAUCAGGCAUGGCCGACUGAAAAGAUAUAAGGUCAGGUUUCCUUAGCUCACAUAAUGGCCAGCAUUGGGAAGUAAAGGGCAAAACCCGCAAGUUGAUAAACAUAGACCAUGGUGUUGAAUGGUAGAAGCUAGCAGGAGAGGUCGAAGCUCUUGGCACCAGUGACGUAUUCUCUCACAUGAUUCAGUUCGUCAGCACAAUUCUAAAGCAAGGCUAAUGACCUGAAUUAUUCAUUGACGAGCCUGGUGAGCUGCAGGGAGGACUCUGAGGCCUAGACGCGCAGCGUUCCAGCUUGGCCUAAAGAUGACUCUAGAAUCCGUUCAGCUUGAGGUAGCUGAGAAUAGAAUCAAGUAGGGCCUGAGCUGAUCUCAGUUCAAGUUUGUGUACAGACUCUACAGAAGCUCCUGAGGAUGGAGUUAAGGUAAUUCUGUCAUACUACAUGCAACCAACAUGAAGUUUAGUCACUUGUCCUGACGAGAAAAAGAUGAGGGUGGGCUUGGACUCAGUGAGGAUGCUACUCGAACUCAUGCCUUGUCCCUUGUGUUUUGUCAUUCUACUGGCCUUUUAACUGGGCUGUUUUCUACACCAGUCCCUCAUGGAGACUAAAACUGAAAGCAGACUGUUGAUCCACACCAGUCUUAUAAAACGUUUGACAUGAUGAUUGUCUCCCGAUGUUCUUCACCUUCCUAAACCAAACCAGUAGGUUUAGCUAAGAGCGGCCCUGCUCACUCGCAGGAAAAGGGCCGUUGACAUGAGCACUUUAGCUACACACAUGUAACACAAACAUGUGCAUUCAGGGUACAUCACCAAGAGAUGCAACCCACACUUUUAAGAUGUCUUGUGCAUUUAGUGAACUUGACAAAAUUGCCAAAGAAAAUGGUCCCCACUCAAAACUCAAGCAUUUUCACUUCAAAACAUGAUUACUCUAGGAACAUUACAGUUAUCACUGUAGUAACACCUUUUAAGCUAAAGGCUGAGCUAGCACAGUCAGGACAAACUACAAACAGAAGAAUCGAAAUACAUUCCCCAUAGCUGGAACUGAACAUGAUCAUGCCUGUGGAAGCCAAGUGUGAGCUGCAUUUGGACUCCAUCUUUGGGUGCACAACUUCUGGGGGCUUUAAGUUCUGCAUGUAUAUAUAUAAUCUUGUUUCCAUAGUUACUUUUGAGCCAUGACAAUAAGCUGUUAGAUUUUUUUCCAUCUUCUGAGAUUUUAUUUUUGACAAUCUGGAUCAAUCGAUUUUAUUUUUGUCUAGCUUGAUUCUUUUGUAGUUUAGGAUUUUGUUUACAGUAAAAAAAAAAAAAAGAAUCAUUUAAAGACAAUCCAUACUUGUAUACCUUGAACUUUUUCUUUGUCUGAAUAAAAUGUAAAAUGUGAA